AUGGACGGGACCCCGAAACCCCCGUCUCAUACAUCUGCAGCCAUGGAUGGAGACAAGAGCAAAGACAGCCGGAAGAAGCUUCGACUAGGCGUCGUUUUCGCCUUCGCGGCGGUGCUGGUGCUGCUCCUGUGCGCCCUUCGACCGAAAGAGUCGGGUCCUGUGCCAUCGCCGCUGGCGCUAGCGGCGAGGACGGUGCGGGUUGAUGUCAAGGUGCUCAGAUGGCUUUGGUGGCCAGCCAUUUGUUACCUGUUCUGGGGCAUGGCGCACGUGUGUGACAUCUACUUCGUGAGCGCGAUUGAUGUGAUCACCAAGCGCUUCAAUAUCUCUGAAGACGUUGCUGGGGCGACGCUAAUGGCACUGGGGUGCAAUGGACCCGAGAUGUCCCUGAACUUGAUUGCGAUCUGGCAGCCUUCCAACAUCGGCGUUGGUGCAGUGAUUGGCGGCGAAGUCUUCAACGUGCUGGUCAUCAUCGGGACGGCUCUACUCGCAACGCCAGAUGACUACAUGCCCCUGCAGUUGGGGAAGUUCUCCUUCGGCCGAGACGUCCUCUUCUACUGUGUUUCGGUCGCUUUGCUGUACUACGCACUGCACGACAUGCAGAUCAGCCAGUGGGAUGUUGCGAUCCUCCUUUCUGGGGGAGCCGUGUAUGUCCUCGUGGUUGUCUACUCGACGAAGUUGCGGAGGUUUUUUCAGGGCCUGCUCGUCCGUCGUCGACUGGCCAGGGACCUGAGCAGAAAGUUGAGCGAGCGCCGCAUGGGCACGGGAGACAGUGGGGUCUACUCCGACAAUUCGGACUCGGACCUUUCUUCCAGUGCGAUGUUUCGGAUGUCGCCUCUCUUGAACCCCAAGACCAACGAGCCUGACCCCAUCAAGGUUCGCUACUGGAACGAUGCCAGCCACUGCAAGGAUCCCUACAGUGGCACCGUUCUGAAAGUUCGCGUGGACAUGCACAAUCGACUCAUGGAUCGAGUUCACAAGUCUGACGACCGUUAUGUCGUGCUCAUGGAGAGUGCGCUGAUGGUGAGUACCCUCAUCGACCCCAGGACACUGGGGCAGAGCGAAAGCCACUGCGCCUCAGGUAUGGUCUACGACCGCUCCAAGGACAAAGGUGGCUUCGGCAGCGGCGAGAGCUCAUGGCACCAUGGUGGGUUGGUCAAUCCACCGAAGACGAUGAACAAGCAUCCCUCGGCGAAGGAUUCUACGCACCACACGCCGACCAGCGCCAUGUCACAGUCUCUGCUUAGUGGCGAGCUGGAUCUGCCUCAGAUGUUCAAAGCCAGUCCAUGGGAGGUGAUUCCUCUGGAGGAUAUCAUUUGGAUGGAUCGGCCAGUGGAGCGCAAACGCUUCAACCUCCACGUGACGGGCCAUGACUCGGAGCUUGCACAGAUGAUGCCCAUCGCAACCCUGGAGUUUUUGGCCACGGACGAGGAGAUCGUCGAAUCAUGGACACAUGCCUUGAAGGCUGGCUUGCUGGCUCACCGCCAAGGGCGAGGCAUGGGACCACCUACACAGAGUGCGAGUGGUUUGGCCAUCGCUUGGGGUGAGUGGCUGCAGUUUCCGAUCAAAUCGUUCACGGCGCUCUCCAUCCCGGAUGUGAGCCGCGAGGACUUGGAGGACCUGUAUCCCAUAGCCUUUGUCAUGAGCAUGCUAUGGCUGGCCGUUUUUGCCUACUGCGUGGUGGCUGCCUGCGACGGGAUCCAUCAGGACUUCGGGAUCUCCACGUCGGUCCUCGGAUACACCAUUGCGGCAGCAGGGACAUCGUUUCCCAACGUCUUCUCAGGGAUGUGUGUUGCGAGGCAGGGCAAGACUACCAUGGCAGUUGCGAACGCCCUGGGCGCAAACGUCCAGAACGUUUUCCUGGCUUUGGCCAUUCCCUGGGCGGUGCAAUGCUGUAUCAACAGGGGCAGUUUCGACAUGCCUUUCAAUGGCCUGGCCCCUGCCGUGGUGGAGAUCUACGUCACUCUGCUGCCCGUGGUCUCCGUCUUCAUUUUCUGCCGAGGCACCUUUCCACGGUGGUCUGGCUAUCUUUUCUUGAUGAUUUACGCGCUCUACCUGGCGGUGGCCCUUCGGCAGGACGUUACUCACUGCCCUUGGUGGCCCUUCGAUUGCCCGGAGGUGCAGUCCUAG